UCGUUGUGUCCUGAGGGUCGGCUGCAAGGUUAAUGUGUGCACGGGUAAUGAUGAUGUGAGAGAGAGAGAGAGAGAGAGAGAGAGAGAGAGAGAGAGAGAGAGAGAGAGAGAGAGAGAGAGAGAGAGAGAGAGAGAGAGAGAGAGAGAGAGAGAGAGAGAGAGAGAGAGAGAGAGAGAGAGAGAGAGAGAGAGAGAGAGAGAGAGAGAGAGAGAGAGAGAGAGAUUGCUGUGAACUAAGAUGGUGCAUCAGAGGUUGGAGAGCAAAUGGUAAUGGUCUCCACACAAGUUAGGUAAUAGGGCCCUUUGUUAUUGACUCAGAUGUUGAGGUACAAUGCCUAACAUUACAUAAAACCUAAAAAGGCAGACCAUGUGGAUUUUUAUCUAAAGAUGCUUAGGUUUUGAGGCCAGGUGUUUGACAUGAUGUUGAUGUAUUUUUUUCUACUGCUUUACAUAUGUACUGAGGUAGCGUUACAACUUGAAUUCACGUUAUAAGAAGGCGUGACCUUAAUACUAGCAACAUGGACCAGCUCAGGCCAUGAGCAGUCCAUCUAUUAUCCUUGUAAGGAAUAAAUGUCACAGAUUGCGCCUAUUCAGUUUUCAGAUAUGCUUACAUUAUUAAAAAACCUGUCCAUCUUUAUCAUCAAAAGGCAAUGAUUCUAACGCCAAUGUAGCCAACAAAAUGCCAUAUCUGGACGGCUUUGCGUUGUCAUUCUCUAAACACCCCCCUCCCCCCAUCACCAUCCCCCAACCUUCCCUCCUUGAGGCUCUUGGUCACAUUAAAAAGAGUUUUAAGGACAGAGUCGCGUUUGUUAAAACGCAGUCGUCAGUGUCAUAUUUCCCUGUUCAUCAGCGAAGCACCUGACAACAAUAGUCAUGAAAGAGAUAGGGCCGAUCGGCCGGGGCGGACUGGUACAAAAAGGCGGCCUGCUCUGCCAAAGAGCUGGCCCAGCUCAUGGCCCUCAUGUGACGGCCUCGCUGCAGCGUGGAUCCCCCGUGCCGAGGAGGACAAAGACUUGGUUCUUGUAGGCCUUACGGGACCCUUACCCUACAUUAUUUACUGGUCAGUGCAAAUGUUGCGUGUUCUCGUGCUUAUAAAGCAGAGCUAUGUUUCGGUGUUACCCCAGCGCUGAUCUGAUACUGAAGACGAUUGGGCUUUUUAUGUUGAAUAACCCUCGCUGCAGAGAGGGGGUGAGGGAGUGAAGGAGUGAAUGCUCAUUUAUAGUUCGAGAUGGAUUCAGUCCAACUUAGUUUUGCCGGUUGUUUUGAAUGUCAAUGUUAGAAUGAGGGUUGAUUAUGAAUAAACACUUUCAUAAUUGAUAAAAUGCUCAAAUCUGGGCUUUUCCAAAGCAAUCAUUCAUACAAUGCCACACAAAUCAUCGUUCCUAAUCCUGAAUAUCCCUUUUUUCGGGGAUGAGUGUGAUAAGUGUGAUCCUAUGACUGGAUCUCAGAAGCAUAGGUGAACGCAGGAUGUUUAACAUGCACAGUGGAUCCUUAAAGACGACGAGGAGAGAGACAUACAGCCAGUGCAACGAUUCACAACCGUCCCCGUCGACUUGCCCUCCCUGAGAACCAAUCACCAUGACGACCAAAUCCCACAACAACGACCUAGGCGGCAAGGCCUCCUCAUCCCCCCUCCUCUCCUCUCCCGCCCGCCAGCGCCUGGUGACCAAGGACGGGCACUGCACCCUGGGCGCACCGCCCCCGCCCCCGGGCCUGUGGCCCUGGGCGCCGGGCCGCGCCUGGCUGCUUACCUUCCAGGACCUGUGGGGGGCGGUGGUUGGUCUUCGCUGGCGCUGGGUGCUGCUGGCCUUCUGCGCCUCCUUCGUAGCCCACUGGCUGCUGUUCGCCUGCCUGUGGUACCUGCUAGCGCACCUCAACGGGGACCUGGCCGUGCUGGACCACGACGCGCCGCCACUCGGACACGUGGUGUGCGUCAAGCACAUCACCAGCUUCACCGCCGCCUUCUCCUUCUCCCUGGAGACCCAGCUGACCAUCGGCUACGGCACCAUGUUCCCCAGCGGAGACUGCCCCAGCGCCAUCGCCCUGCUGGCGGUGCAGAUGCUACUGGGGCUCAUGCUGGAGGCCUUCAUCACAGGGGCGUUCGUGGCCAAGAUCGCCCGUCCCCAGAAGCGAGCCGGAGCCAUCCAGUUCAGCCCUCAGGCCGUGGUGGGCCAGCACCAGGGCCAAACGUGCCUCAUGCUGCGGGCCACCAACGUGCUCCAGCGACCCCUGGUGGACGUGAAGGUGAGCGCCGUGCUCUACGAGGAAUGCGAGGGUCAGACGCUGCACCAGACCUCUCUGGACUUCCAGCUGGACCACCUGGGCACGAGGUCCUGCCCCUUCUUCAUCUUCCCCCUCACUUUCUUCCACCUACUGGACCGCCGCAGCCCCUUGCACCCGGCACUCUGCGAGGGGAGCUCCACCCACUUUGAGCUGGUGGUCUUCCUAUCCGCGUCCCAGGAGGGCACAGGGGACACCUGUCAGAAGAGGACCUCCUACCUCCGCCAAGAGAUCAAGUUCGACCGGCGCUUUCUCCCGGCCAUGGGCCUGGACGCCCUGGGUCGGUACAAGGUGAAUGGCCAGCAGUUUGACACGACCCACUCCAGGGAACCUUUGGCAAAGGACUGUGUGGUGCAGAUCAACGGAGACGGGAGCGACCGGAUGGAGUGAGGAGGAAGAGGAAGAAGAAGGCCCGUCGUUAGGUGAGGUGAUCUCCAAGGAAUAGUGUUUCUCAGCAGCGGUUCACACACACUUUUUUACGUCCCAAAGGCCGACCCAUUUGUAGAUGAAAAUGAAGCAUCCACCCCCCUGCUAAAGAUGGUGUGUAAACAGUUAUUAUUUGAAAAUGAAAGAUUAACUGUUAAAUUGUAGCUGUACCUCUGAAAAUGUACAAGACCUCUUUAAAUAUACACACCGAUAGUUUGGCAAAAGAUUUCAUGAUUUUCAUUCAUUAUUUUAAUUUGUUAAUUCAUUGGAGGGUUGAAUCAUCACCAGAUAUUAGAUAUUAAUUUUAUUUUAGUUGAACAACAAUUCAUAUUGAUCUUCAGCAGGUGCGCAUGAAGAUUAGGUGGUCAGGGCCUCAUUUUACGGCUCAUCCGGCCAGUGUCUAUCGCACAACCGUCAAAAUGACUGGUCUAGAGGAACACAGAGAUAUAUGCAGGGAGAGACUGUUAGUGAACAUCCAUGAGGGUAACAUGUGAAGAAAGAUGUACUUCCAUUUAUAGGAGCAAAAUUUGGCAGGUCUUAAAAGUGUGAAAAAUGUAAUCUAUUGGAAUGACAGAAUGUGCUGAGGUCUUCGCCAUUCGAAUCAAUGGGCAUUCACCACUGCAUAAAGACAAUGUAUAUCAUUGACAUUCAUAGUGUUAGAGAAGUGCUUGGUUCGACAUGGAUCUGAGAUGCCAUCCAACAGGAUUAGACAGCAUGCAAUUUAACUGUCAAUAUUAAGCGGCUGGGGUUAUCCAAUGGGAGUGUUUGGAACACAAAUAUACAUGCAUAAAUGUCCCUUAGAUUGGGGAUAUUUAACUUUAGACUGACAGAAAGCACUUAAGCAAAAUAAAUCACAUUAUGCCUGAAUAGUGAUAUAUACAUUAAUAAUUAAUUGAUUUGUAUUGAUUAGUAGAUUAUGCUUUAAUAAAAAAAACACAAACAUACAAAAAAAAUUAUUCACUUCAGAAGAUCAGUAAAUUAUGUACACCAAAUUUUUGAUAUACUCUUUCAGCUUGUAUUUCGAAAUGUCUAGACUUAGCACUUUGGGACAGAGUAGUUGAAACUUAUGUUUGUUUGGAGGAUAUGAGUUAGGAGUUACCAUUUGAACUUAAUUGACAUGGUGAGUGAAAUCACUGUGUUAUCUACAGUAUAUGGCUUUAAAAAAUCAUGUGAAGUAACAUAAGAAACACAAGAGGAGAAAGGUUCAAUAAAAGCUUGAUUGUGAGGGAUGAGAUCUAAAUGUAUCACACAUACUUCAGUGCCUUGUACAGUGUACAUUACAUUAAAAUAAAUAUUUUCUAAACAAACCUACAA